AGAUCAUAAAAGUACCGUAAUAUUUUAUUUGCGUGCGCGUUCUUCGUCAUUCGGUUGCAUUUUUAUUUGGUGUAUUAUUUGUGAAAGAUUAUUAAAAAAAGCUAUUUAAAUAUUAAGAAGAAUGGGUACAGAAAAUGUCUUUGGGGAAUCGGCGGGCAUAUAUUUCGUUGUUGAUGGUGAUUUAACCAUGGGGAAUGAAGUUGAGACUUCACUGCAGCAAAGCCAAGCCACUGAAGCUUCACGUGAAAAGAAAAUUUGAAAGACGUCGUAUGUGGUAAAAUGAACUUCAGUGAAGAAGUUUAUCAAAGAAUUCUCGGUAAGUUCUUUGAGAAUCUGCGAGGAACCAUAUGCAUAUUUAUGUUAUUGACAGAUUGCGGAAUGGAUGUAGAAAGUCUGUAUUUCAUCAACGAUGGGGACAUAAAUGAACUUUUCCCUGCAUCAAUGCUCGGAACGAGAGUAAAGUUUAAAGAAAGAGUUGCACGUUGGCGACAGAAUGAAGCUGAUACCAUUUCGUCAAUAGGAUCAUGCAAGAGUUGGAUAAAUUCUAGCCAAGAGUCUCACGACUCGAUAAGAGACAUGGAAGCAAAGAAUUUAAAGUUAAUACUUAAUGCCACUGAAAGAGGUCAAAGCAUCUUUAAACAAUAUAGAGAAAAGACCGUGCUGUCAGAUGUUAGUCGUGACAUUUUGGUAAAUACCAUUGUUGACCACUUCUCAGCGCGAUCAGUGCCUAUGACAAUGAAAGAUAUCAUCACCUUUUCUGAGCAAAUAACAAUUUUAUUUCCCAACGAAGACAUGCGCUAUUACUGCAACCGUCGAAAUGGCAAAAAUCCAACAGGCAAACUUUAUGAUAAGGCAACAAACAUCCGAAGGAAAAUAAAAAAAGAAACAGGAGCACUAAGCGUUGCACCUAAAUGUCAACCCACUCAAUCAAGUUUGUCGGAGCAGGCGAGCAAUACAGAUGAAAAUGACUUAGCCAUGAAAAAUUGGCUUUGUCAUAAUGUAGAGCCUUGGGGCGAUGUUGUAGAAAAAUGGACGAACACAGUCAAAUUAAGAACCGCAGAGAUUUUAAAUGAACACGCAAAUAUUUUAACUAAUUGGCCGCUGCUGAAACACAGUCUUGGAUACACUUUGGUUGAAAUUGAUUUUGAAGCGAAAUUUCCCAACUGUUCGCAGAAUUUGCUAAACGAAUGGCCAAAAUUUAGAAAGUCAAUUAUACCUUACAUGAAGACAAAAAUAAGAGAUGCAACGUCCAUUGAUAUGCUAAAAAAAAUUGACGAAAACAUCAGUACUGACUCAAUGGAUUGUUUAUUGACACUGCUUUUGCAUGCGAUACUUAAACCGUCAUUAAUUUCCGUUGGACAAACUUCUGGUGAAAAACGGCUUAAAUGGAAGCCAUCAAUAUGUGAUGCGCAAGCAGUGACAUUGCUGCAUUCUGCAAUUCUGUAUUACCUAGUACUUUAAGCUUUAAAUACAAUUCCGAUUUUCAAAGAGAAUAUGAAUUAUCUAAUUAUCAAUUUUAUUCAAAAGUUACUUUUAAAGGAUUUUUAUUUAAAAGAGGGUUUUUUGUUAUUGUAAAACAGGAGGCUAUAUACUUGUUUCAAAUCGAAGAUAUUGUUGUAAGUUUGAUGCAAAAACUUUUCUUUAUUUGUUCACAGUGGGAAAUUAUAAAUUUCAGUACACAUAUUCAGUCAUACUUGGUAGGUGAAAAAUCAGAUAGUUAUAGUUUUAUAAGUGCAGACAAAAUUAGCUCACCUCCUGUACAUAUUCAUAUUCUUCAAAACAAUCAAAAAGCAAUCCGUUUAAAAAGUAUUUAAAACAAUUUGAUACAGUUUUUAUGCAGAGCUUAGAAAAACUCAACAAAUUUUUAUAAAAAUUGUGGACUUUUAAAACUUUCAAACUUUUUUGGGCAUGC